AUGGCAAACGGAGAUAUAUUGAGUGUGAAAGCUAGCACUGAUGAAUUAUCGGAGGAAGAUUUGUGUCGAUUGAACCUUAUUACAAGGAAUUUGCAGGAAGUGCUAGGAUUGGAGAAAAUUAUAAAACAGUUAGCCUCGAAAAAAAACAUUCAUAUCUACUGGGGCACGGCGACUACGGGAAAGCCGCAUGUAGGAUAUUUUGUACCGAUAAGAAAAAUUGCUGAUUUUUUGUCCGCUAAUCUGAAGGUGACAAUAUUGUUUGCUGAUUUGCAUGCCUUUUUGGAUAAUUUAAAGAGUACUUGGGAAGUUCUAGAUAAUCGGGUAUUAUAUUAUGAAAAAGUAAUCAAGGCACUGCUUACCGCAUUGCAUGUGCCAUUGGACCAACUACAUUUUGUUAGAGGAACAUCGUAUCAACUAUCGAGGGAAUAUACAUCUGAUUUGCUUCGAUUAUGUAAUAUUGUAACAAGGAGAGAUGCUUUACGUGCUGGCGCUGAAGUAGUGAAGCAAGUGGCAUCACCUUUAUUAAGCGGUUUACUUUAUCCAUUAUUACAAGCUUUGGAUGAACAGUACUUGAAAGUUGAUGGUCAGUUUGGUGGAGUGGACCAAAGGAAAAUUUUUAUUCUGGCUGAGGAACAGCUUCCAAAGCUAAAAUUGGGUAAAAGGUUUCAUCUUAUGAAUCCUAUGAUACCUGGAUUGCAAGGAUCGAAGAUGAGCAGUUCAGAAGAAAAUUCGAAAAUUGAUUUGCUGGAUGAAGCAGAUGUUGUGCGGAGGAAGAUUGAUAGCGCUGUCUGCAGUCCUGAUUCCGCUGAAAACGGUGUACUAGCUUUUUGUGAAUACGUUUUAUUUCCAAUUGUUUCACCGAAGACGAUUACUUUUGAUGCAAGAGAAUACGAUAACUAUAAGAACUUAUUUGAAGAGUACAGUAUGGGAAGGAUCUCUGAAACUGGCUUGAAAGAGACUGUUAAAUGCGGAGCUGUUCCGUUGGCGCGUGAGGUUUUUAAGGAAUUCAUUUGUAAAUUACUGGAAGAAGUACAGAAGAACUGUGUGGAUGGCGAAAUGAUAUCAUUAUUAGAAAAAGGAUAUUCCAAAAAUAUGUUUGAUAACAGUUUACCACACUCUGUCAGUCUCGCAACUGAUGGCGUCACACUGAAUGAAGCAGAAGAUCAAAGGUUUCGAGAAAUCACCUGUGAUACUGAAUUGGUCAGUGGUGAAAUAUGGCUUAAGAGACGAAUCAAAGAAAAUAGUUUGUUACGUGUUGUUUAUAUGAUAGCGCCGAAAGGUCGCUUCCACCUUGGUUUUGUUAUUCCGCUUUUCAAAUUGAAGAAACUGCAGUUGCUGGGGAAUGUUUCAUUAACGGUAGUUUUGGCUGAUAUCGAUGCCUUUUUGGAUAAUGAAAAAUGCUCAUGGAAUAUUCGAGAAGCACGCUGUGAUUAUUAUACUGUGAUUUUGCAGCAGAUUUUUAGUAUGCUUGACUUGAAAAAUGUUGAAAUUAUUAGGGGAUCGAGCUACCAAUUAGAACCGGAAUAUACUUUGGAAAUGUAUCAGAUGGCUUCGAAAGUAACUCGAGAUGAAGCAUCCAUUUUGGACGGAGUAACAUUGUGCUCAUUGUUAUCACCUUUGUACUUCACCAUUGAUCAUUAUCGUAUGAAUAUUGAUAUUGUCGUUAUGGGUGAGGAAAUGCGUCCUUUUUCGGAGUUCUCUGAGCAGACGAUGCAACGGCGUGGGCAACAGCCUCGUGCGCAUCUGUUAGUUCCAGUUUUGCCAUCUAUGUCGGGCAGUAAAAUGUCUGCAUCGGAUCCUGAAUUUCAUUUGGAUCCUCUGGAUACACCAAAGCAGGUUAAGCAGAAAAUCGCACGUUCAUUUUGCGAACCUGGUAAUUUGAAAGGCAAUAUCGCUUUCGAACUUGCAAAGCAUUUUAUAUUCUUAUAUUUUGGAUCAAAGUUAUUAAUCGAACGCUCGGAAGAAAACGGUGGAAAUAUAGAAGUUAAUGGUUGUGAUGAAUUGGAAAGAAUAAUUGUGGAUGGAAGUUUACAUCCUGCAGAUUUAAAGGCAGUAGUUGUAUCUAAAAUCAAUCAGUUCUGCGACCCCAUUCGAACAUGCUUUAAUACGAAAACAAAAUUAAUAUCUGCGGCAUUCCCUAGUAAAAAAGGUGGUAAAAAGUAG